CCGCCAACAUCGUCGUAUGUGCGUGAAUAUUAACAGCAAUAUCUAGCAUGUUUGCUUGGGAUUUUGGUUAGGUUUCUUUAUGCAGGUGCAUACUCACUACCAAUCGGAGUUGUGGAUUUCGCUUCGUCCCACCUGCCACCCCACGGAUUAUAAGACCAUCCCCAUACCUCUGCAAGCACCGACGGCGGAAAUAAAAGCUAUAAUAGCAUCGUUAACAAUCACUGGAUGUUAAUAUAUCGCUAUAAUUCUGUCUGCUUCCUAUCUCCAGUUAUCACUGCGCCAGGUGAAGCUCUGCUUGUUCCGCCAACAAACUACGGCUCGACACGCACUUUACCUCCAAGUCCACACGCAAUGAGAAUGGCUUUCAAUGUUUACAGAGUUCAGUUCACCAUGGCCAUGCAAGAUCCGGAUAUGCCAAGCCCGCGGUACCACAAUGUAAUCUUCGUCGAAACGGAGGCCGAUGGCAGCGGCGCUGUUCAUCACCUCACGGGGGACAUUACAUCUGGGAUGGUGUAUGCAACGAGAAGGGAGGGCCGUCCCGAGGAGUCUGAGAUCUUCGUCCGCAAAGAGUUCAUUGGCAAGGUCGCAUCAGCUACCUACCCGGAGAAAAUCAAUACGGUCCUGGAAGCACUGCCGCCACCGCCGAAGCAGAAGAAGUUUAAUAUCAAAACCAUGAGGACGGAGCAGAUGAAACCGGAUGGAUCGUUCUAUGAACCUGGCGAGAAGAGGCUACGAAUGGUUAAAUGCACGGAGUGGACUAUGGAGCAGGCGAUUCCAGCGUUAUAUGCGAGCAGUGUUCUCCAGAAAGAGGCUGACGGGAUACUCGACAGUGAUAUAUUUGAUCGGAAGAUAGGGAUGCAGGAGAGAAUGUACCGAUAAUCUCCUAUACUAGGCUAUUUAUUAAAUGCACAUCAGUUAUUUGGGCUUUUUCUCGGUAUCGUUAUAUUAAGCAUCAUAACAGGCCGGGCAGGAUUGGGAGAGACACAAAUCUUAGCGAUUAAGAUGGCCGUCUGUCUCCAAUAUGACACGAGCCUGGUACCGAUGGUUGUUUCGCUUGCUGUCAUUCCGGUCCUUCUUGUUGUUGCUACUUCCUGCUGUCACAAAGUUACCGUAGCAAAUUGUUUCUUGCUAUCGCUGACCUACUGUCGCUAAAUAAUUCUUGCUG